AUGCAGUCAACUAAUGAUAGUAGUUCACUUACCUUUCAAUCCGGUGCAUACGAACGUGUUCGUGAUCCCAUAUUACCAGUACCCGUUUUCGGAUUUACGGCCGUAUUUCUGGGCACCGGUUCUCUACUUAACAUAAUCUCAUGGUACGGUUUGUAUCGCAUUCAAUUACAAUCGUUAGUGUCCAGAAUUCUGCUGUACAAUGAGUGCAUAUUUGACUUUCUCGUGUGUCUAACUUCACUCAUCGCAUUGAGGCCAUUCCACCGGGAUCCAAGAAACGUGAUUAUCGGAGAACUAUUGUGUUAUAUCGGUCGGAAUACAGGCUUGACCACGUUUACUCGAAUGCUAAUGAAUUUCAACAUUGUAUGUGUCUCACUGGAUCGCUUCUGGGCUAUUGUGUAUUGCAAAACGUAUAAGGAAAAGAAAAAAACUUAUUUGUUUAUCUGUUACCUCGUGAUCUUCCUGUUCGCCACUCUGAUCACCAUACCAACAUUUUUACAAGUUGAUUUUAUUGAUAACACUUGUGUGGUUGUGCUCGAUCACGUUUUCGUUCACUUGCCAAUGAUUGUGAAUGUGUUACUUGCGUACGCGCUCCCCGUGACGGUGAUUCUCAUCACCAGUGCAUUGACGUUGCGAGCUCUGAGACGACAACGUCUCCCCGGGUUCAAUACAAGUUCGAACAUAAGUGACAGGAACUCGUUGGAGGGAAUUUCCUCACUGGAUGUGAUUCAUAGCGCACUGUCUGCGAGUACGACCGGAUUUUGCACUAUAAUGAUACUGCUGGCUCUCUUGGGUGCUGUGAUGUCCGUGUUGUACGAACUAAGCUUGAUCGAUUUUCGAUUUGACUCGAUCGCUCGUGCGUAUUUUAUCGCUGUUUGUGGACUGGUUUCCAGUUCGAUUCCUGUGAUCCAAAUACGUACUAUUCCUCCCUUGCGACGGUGGUACCUAAAUCGCCUUAAAGCUAUUCGAUUGGCAUGCGGCCGGUUGUUGGACCGCAUACAGGUCCAAUGUUGUUCUACACAUGAUCAGGAGUUAGCAACAUCAACCAGUCACUGA